AUUUGUAAUCGUUUUGUAUCACUCCAGACCCCCGUGGCAGGUUACAAGCCAUCCUGAGGCCACGAGCUGCAAAGCAUAACAGACAGACUACUUGUGCUUGGGUACGAAGUCUUUGAACACACAUUAUUGAAGUGGGGUUUUACACUUCUUCUUAUCGAUUUCUGAUCGUCAUUUUGCCCCCCGCCAUGGCACAUUCCGCACCGGCCAAACAAAAAGUUGUCAUUGUGGGCGCAGGCCCGGUGGGGUCCCUUGCAGCUCUCUAUGCAGCGGCCAGAGGCGAUGAAGUUGAAGUAUAUGAGUUACGCGGAGAUCUACGUGAUCCGGCGACCAUCCCGUUGAACUUCACCAAAUCCAUCAACCUGGCGCUGUCUGAGCGAGGCAUCACCGCGAUGAAGCAGUCGCACCGCGAUGAGCUGAUCGACCGAGUUCUGGCGGACUCCAUCCCCAUGAGCGGACGCAUGAUCCACGGCCGGACGGACGGCAAGCUCUGGGAAGCAGCCCAGGCAUACGAUGUUCACGGACGAGCAAUCAACGCCGUCGACCGCGGCACCCUUAACAAUGCCUUCCUCGACGAGCUCGAGCAGACCCCCAACGUGCAACUCUUCUUCAACCACAAGCUCGUCGGCGCGGACUUCCGCAACAACCGGGCGUGGUUCGAGCGCCGCUCUCCGGGGGCCAGCCCGUACGACAAAGCCACGGAAGUCGAAGUGAGCUUCGACCUGCUCAUCGGCGCCGACGGCGCGCACUCGGCCUCGCGCUACCACAUGAUGAAGUUUGCGCGCGUUGACUACUCCCAGGAAUAUAUCGACACGCUGUGGUGCGAGUUCCGCAUCCCCCCCUCCUCCGACCAACAAGAAUUUCGCAUCUCCCCCAACCACCUGCACAUCUGGCCCGGCAAGGAACACAUGUUCAUCGCCAUCCCCUCGGCCGACCGCUCCUUCACCUGCACGCUCUUCGCGCCCGCAGACCACUACGGGAGUCUCUCCGCUGCCAGCCACCCUGAAAAAGCACUGAUCGAGUUCUUCGACACCAAUUUCCCCGGCGUCUGCCCGGACCUCAUUACCCCGGAGGCCCUGCACGAGCAGUUCACCGCUAACCAGCACCUGCCCCUCAUCAGCCUGAAGUGCAACCCCCACCACUAUGACGCCAGUGUUGUCGUCGUCGGCGAUGCCGCCCACGCCGUCCUCCCGUUCUACGGGCAGGGGCUCAACGCCGGGUUGGAGGAUAUCCGGACCCUGUUCGAGAUCCUCGAUCGCUACGGGGUGUACGAUGAUUCGAACGGCCCCACAAGUCCGGAGAGCAGGCGCGACGCCCGCCGUCGCGCGUUGCAGGCCUACACGGAUCAGCGCGCCGCCGAUACCCAUGCCAUCAACGACCUGUCGAAACAGAACUUUCUCGAGAUGCGGUGGGGCGUCAAGUCGCCACUGUACCGGCUGCGCAAGUCAGUCGAGGAGACUUUGACCCGCUACGUGCCGGAGCUGGGCUGGCAGACCCAGUACACCCGCGUCAGCUUCAGUAACCAGCGCUACUCCGAGGUGGUGCAGGCCGUGCGCAGGCAGGGCCAGCUGUUGGGCAUGGGACUUGGCGCCGCCGCCCUACUGGCCAGCGUGACAACAGUGCUGGUUGGGGUUCUCUGCUGGAGGAGACGGCCAACCACUGCUGGUAUGGUCUCGCCCUGGGCAGCUCUACGCAAUGUCUGGCGGGAAGUGAGAAGGACGUUGCUGUGAAGCUCGUUCGGACCCCUUCCGCGCCCUGUGGGGUCCGACAGCUGCGUGACCUGUAACACUAUGAAUCCUUUCCAUUGCAUUAGAGGGUGAUCUAGAAGUCUUAUCAUGAGCAAUGCUAUUCUCGUCCCAACGGAUCACGGUACAUGCGGUUCUUUGCAUAAUUCGCUUUCGGCGGCACGCUAACAAGUCUCAAUGAUCCCAAAUUCGUCAAUGCGCGUACAGGCUGUAUAUCAGAUCCCCCUGCCCAAGUAACAAGAGACAUACCCAGCUUCACACGAAAGGACUAGAGCACAAGCU